CUUCCACUUCCGGUUGCAGGUGCUAUUCUUCAAUUGAACCAGUCUCGAAUUCUUUUUCCUCCAACCCUCUGUUUACCUGUUGGCCACUCUUAAAACCUGGCACAGUGGAGCCUGCGUUUCGCAGCUCCAGAGUGACUGGGACAAUGUGACUGGGCAUGCUCCUUAGGUAGGGCUGAUUUGGGACACACUGCGUCUUGAAUGAAGGCUUUCAACGCUGCUUGUUUCAGGAGUCGACGCAUCUUCAUUGUGGGGUUAUAUUGAGACAUUGCAAUCCCUCCCACGCUCUUGGCCGCCACGCUUGUUAAUUUUAUCCCCGUGCCCAAUUUUGUAGCCAGCCUUCCUGGAUCUCGCGGCCAAUCAGGAGCCUACACAUUGUUGCCUAAGAGACCCCGGAUGCCAGCAACAGGAUUUAUAGACGGUGAUUGGGCUGCUGGAAGCUGGCAGGGGUGAGGGGCUGGGGGGAGUCAGAGAAAAAGCUGACCUAAUGCAACUGUGGCAACGUCAGCGCUUGAGGCUUGAAGAGGGAGACAAGCUAAAAGAGGAUAUCCAGCUGUUUCAUGAUGGCAUUUGCACCUCCAAAAAACACAGAUGGUCCCAAAAUGCAGACAAAGAUGAGCACUUGGACACCCUUAAACCAUCAGCUCUUGAAUGACCGGGUAUUUGAAGAAAGAAGAGCCCUGCUUGGAAAAUGGUUUGACAAGUGGACAGACUCUCAAAGAAGAAGAAUCCUCACGGGCCUGUUGGAGCGCUGCUCGCUGUCCCAGCAAAAGUUCUGCUGUCGAAAGCUUCAGGAGAAAAUUCCAGCAGAAGCCCUGGACUUUACUACCAAGCUUCCAAGGGUGUUAUCUUUAUACAUCUUUUCUUUCCUGGACCCCCGGAGCCUUUGUCGUUGUGCACAGACAACCCCAAAGGAUGGAUUUGUAAUUGCUGAUGUUCAGCUAAUUACAAGCAAUUCUCCAGAGGAAAAGCAGUCCCCUUUGUCAGCUUUUCGGUCCUCUUCCUCUUUAAGAAAGAAGAAUAACCCAGGGGAGAAAGCACUUCCACCGUGGCGAUCUUCUGAUAAGCAUCCAACUGAUAUCAUCCGUUUUAAUUACCUAGACAACUGUGACCCCAUGGAGACUGUCUGGCAAGGAAGAAGAAAGAGAAACGAAAUGACCCCAGAUUUCAGCCGACAGUCACAUGAUAAGAAAAAUAAAUUGCAGGACAGAACUAGGCUAAGAAAAGCACAAUCAAUGAUGUCCCUAAGUUCCAGCUCUCCCCUAAAAGUUCCAGCUCAUCUCGCCUGGCCUCCCCCUGAGUCAGUGGGACUCCCAGGCACUGCCACCGCAGCCGAAAUUCUCAUGCAGCAUCUUCAGAGGCACCCUGGGGCCCAAGCAUGACUCAUCCAGGUUCCAGAGCCAUAGCACCCUGAACAUGGAAGGACCUUUAUUAUAGAAACAACAAGAUGCUUUGCACGGUGGAGAGCUGAAUUGACUUGGCUCCUCUUGGAAAGUCUUUCCGCUUAAGUACUUUUUGUGGCAGUGAGUCCUGCAGUAUUUCAGUAAAGAGGAAUUCAUGGGAUAAAUGCAGACA